AUGCAGGCCGCCACAGGACCGCCGGUCGCCGCGUAUCCGUUCCCUGUGUGGUGUACGCUGUAUGGGAUUUUGAUCGUCCUCGGCUUUUUCGCGUCGCUCUUUGCGAUGCACACCAUGCACAAGCAUGCAAAGCUCGUGUCGUCCUGUGUGUGUUCGUCGAUGCUGUGCUUCUUUGUGUGGAAAACGUUCUUCUCGAUUUGCCGCGCGGUCACGGUGGGGGCGAUCUUGACCGAAUUCCGCCACAAUACGUCGACGUGGUUCAUGCUGGACGAAGAUCAUGAUAUUGGGGGCCUGCGGUUCGUUGGCAAAGGGGACAGCUCGAUCAGCGAGCCGCCGUUGUACAUUCGGAUCAGUUUGUUUGGCGGCGACAUCGCUCUGUUGUCGGGGGCGUACUGGAUGCUGGUCCUCGUCAUCGAGAUGCUUCGGCUUGUGAAAACGACCGUCGACCGAGGAGCUGUCCGCGAAAAGCGCAUUACGCGAUUCUACAUCCUUUUCAACUUGCUUGGGGUGCUUGCGUACGCAACAGCUACGACGGCAGUGUCGCUAACCACCGACCGCUCGUUCUACUCGUCGCGGUUCUAUUCGUUUUCCGUGGCUUCAUGCGUGGCGCAAUCGGUGGUCAUCGUCGUCGUCACGUUGGGGGUAUUGUACUUGAACUGCACAGGACACAAGCUCGAAAGCGUCGAGUGCCGCAUUGUUCAAAAGCCCUUGUACACGCGGCUCAAGCUCAUCUUAUGGAUCUUUGACGUGACGGGUAUUCCGUUCGUGGCGGUCGGGUGGGCGUUGGCGGUCAAGCCCAUGUCCCCGCAGGAAAGCCUCGAUUCGAUUCCCAACUGGAUUCUCUUUACAAGCAACACGCUCUUCUUCAUGUCCCCCAUGGCGCUUGCGUUUGCCUUGAUCGCAAACCAGCGAUGCAUGCUAUCGUGGUGCAUGGUGCCGGACGACGUGAUCCAGCAAAUUCAGGCGAACGAACCCCCCAAGGACUUUCCCGUGUUUGUCAACACGGAUAUCGAGGCGUCGAGUGCCCUGUGGGGGGCCCUCGGUCCCGUCAUGCACGCCGCGCAGGACCUCCAUGACACCCUCCUGCGCACGCUCUUGGUGUCGCACCGCGGCUACGAGAUCGCGACGGCCGGCGACUCGUUCCAACUGGCGUUCCACAAUAUCGCCGACGCCGUCGCGUACUGCCUCGACGUCCAGCUGCAGCUCCUCGUGCAGCCGUGGCCGCAGGCGUUUGUCGAUUGCCACAUACCUGGGAGCGCCACGAUCACGACGCAUCAGUUUCGCCUCCUCCGACAAAAGAAUCUGUUUCAUGGCGUGCGAGUGCGCAUGGGAGUCCAUGCGUCGAAUCCAGCCGAGGGCAACCUUGUCAACCGAGUGCACCCGGUCACCGGUCGAACAACAUACGUCGGGUUGUCCGAGUUGAUUGGACGGGAAGUGAGCGACAUCGGGUGCGGCGGCCAGAUCAUCGUGACGGCGCCGAUUGUGCGGUGGGUGCGAGCGAACCAGAAAAACGGGACGCCGUGGGCCACGGCCCAUCCCUUGGAGCUGCGUGAAUUGGGUGUCCACCGCAUCGAAGACUUGGAUAUUGUCGUCGGCAUUGCGCAAGUGGUGCCGUUGGAAUUGGUCGAUCGGUUCAACAUAUUUCCACCCCUCGGAAUCGUCGAGGGUCGUCGGGCGCGGGUCCCCGCGACCAACUACUCACUGUUGAUUUCGCCCCAAAGGCAGAGCCAAGCGGUGGAUGUGGAUUCUGUGCCCGACCAACGGGGUUGA